AUGAGCGGGCAGCCUCCGCGAUGGGGACCCAUCCGGUCGAUUCUGGCGCUGUCGCCAUUGCUGAUAGGCGCGCCGUUGUUUGCGCUCAGGCAGCAUUACACUUUGCCGGAGCCUCUAACCGCACUCUACAACCCUACAACGAAACAGCCACAGCUAUCUGAAGCGCGAAUACUAUCGCAUGCCAAAUAUCUGUCUGAAGAUAUCGGAUAUCGGAUCGUGGGGACCAAGGAACAUGCUCUGGGGGACGAGUGGAUGAUUCAACAGGCGAAGGAACUAGACGAUGUAUGUACGAGGGCGAAGGAGAGGAGUCCGGAGAGAAAGCUCGAAUGCGAGUGGUGGUGGCAGCAGGGUAGCGGCAGUCAUCGCUUCGACAUGAUGAACAAGCGGCUAUACAAGACCUAUGUGAACCUGACGAACGUCGUGUUCCGCCUCUCAGACGGCACUCCCGAAGGGAAGCAGGACGCCGUUCUGGUGAACGCGCACGUCGACUCGACUCUGCCUAGUCCAGGCGCGGCCGAUGACGCGCUCCCCGUGGGGGUGAUGCUCGAGUGUGCGCGAGUGCUGAUUGAGACGGAUGACUGGGAGCCGACAUAUGCCAUCGUUUUCUUGUUCAACAAUGCGGAAGAGUCGCUGCAAGACGGGUCUCACCUGUUCUCGACGCAACAUGCCAUCGCGAAUACAGUGCGCGCCGUGAUCAACUUAGAAGCUGCUGGCACCAAGGGCCCGGAAUUGCUCUUCCAGGCCACCUCAGAACAGAUGAUCGAAGCGUACUCGCACGUCCCAAGACCAUUCGGCACAGUCCUCGCGAAUGACAUAUUCAGCUCGGGGAUCCUCCUGUCAGAUACAGAUUUUCGGCAGUUUGAGCAGUAUUUGAACGUUACUGGCUUGGAUAUGGCUGUUGUGGGGAACAGCUAUCUUUACCAUAUGCGCAAGGAUCUCGUAGAGAACAUCGAGCCCGGUGUUGCCCAGCACAUGGCAGAAAACACCAUGGCUUUGCUGCAGCACCUCUCCUCACCCGCCUCACCCCUCCACUCCCUCGCGAGCGGGUACGUCAAGCCGCGCACGGUGUUCUUCUCCCACCUCGGCACGUUCUUCCUCUACUCGUACGCCACCGCGCGGGUCAUGUACGCGGGCGUGUUCGUCGCGUCCCUCCUGCUCGCGCUCCGGAUUAAGGGCGGCGCGCGGGGCGUCAGGCCGCUCGCGAGGGGAAUAGGAGCUGUCGCUGGGGGCUUUUUAGGGGCCCUUGUUGGCGCUAACGUGGUUGCGGCGGUGAUGCAGCGCGUGCUUGGCAAGGGGAUGAGCUGGUUUAGCUGGGAGCCGGCUUGUCUGGGGUUGUAUGGUCCGGCUGCGCUUACGGGUGCUCUCGUGUCGCAAUAUCUCAUCGGCCACGUGCCGGAGCAUACAGUCAUGACUUCGAUGCUUCUCCUCCAGUCAUUCGCUGCGCUCGCGAUUCAGCUGCUGGGAAUCGGUUCGGCGGUGAUGUUCUUCUUGACGAGUGCUCCGUUGCUCUUAGCCCUCGUGCUGGACACUCUGAAGAUUACGAGGACAGGCGACGGCGUGUCGUUGUGGACGUACGCCUUGGCCCAGCUGACGCCGCUGUUGACCGGAACGCAGAUUGUGGCGACCGUUUUGGAUGUCUUCGUGCCUCUGACCGGACGUAUUGGCGGUGAUGCUCCAGGAGAGCACAUUAUUGCCACCAUAGUCGCCGCGACGGGUGCAUAUACGAUUCCUAUGGCCCUUCCGUUCAUGCAUAGGUUCGGGACGAGGGUGUCAAGUCGUGUGGUUGUGAUUCUCAGCGUCAUCACCGCCUUAUCGAUGGCAUUGUUCGCCAUGCGAGCUCCUUUCGAUAGGUUGCAUCAGAAGAGGAUGUUCGUCAUUCAUAUGGAGAAUGUCACUUCAGCUGAACAGCACUUGCAUAUAGCUGCUGCCGACGCGGCUCCCGGUUUCGACACCCUUGUCCAUAGCAUGGCGGAGCAGUUCGACGCUCAUGGCAAGCCUCCUACUUCUAGACAACUUUCGGAUUGGGACAGUGAAUGGGAUGUGCUUUAUCCCUUCUCUGCGUUCCUCUCUCCAUAUAUGAUCGAUAUGCCCGUUGACGAACAAUAUGAUGGGGAACCGUCAGCGGCUGCUGGAAAAUUCGUUGCUAUUUCUACUACGAACGACGUUGUAGACAAGGAGAAGGGUACUCGCAGUUUCACUCUCGUGGUUCACCAUCCGGGCAUCAUCUGGACAGCUGUUGCGUUUGACGCCCAUGUAUUGAAAUGGACCCUGGACGACAAUCCCCCGGACGAAUAUGCCCGCCAUCACAUCAAAGAGGCGUCAUUCUACGGAAACGAUCGAUGGAGCGUCGACCUGGUCGUGAAAUAUCCCUCUCCCAUCUCUUCUGAGAUCCCGGAAAACAUCAAAAUUGAUUUCGUCGGAAUAAAAGAGCAGUCCAUGUGGCCCGGUAAGAAGGCUGAGAAGCAGUUCGGUGGCUCAGCGAUGCGCACGUUCGAAGCUUUGGAUGCCUGGUUGGAUGAGCAAACCGUUGGUACAGUAGAUGCGAUGUUGAUUGGAUGCGUCGGUGGCAUCGCCCUCCUAUAA